CGUUCGAUGCGCACACGCAUACCGCACCAGUGACAACCCUAGCGUAACCCCGCCCCGAAAAUAUCGAUGUUGCCAGCGUAUGUGAUAGUAUUUGUGAAAGUUGCAAGUGUAAUGAAAAGCUCUGAAAAUGAUCGAGUCUAAUUUCUGUGGUAUCACAACAAAUGCAGACGAAACAUCAAAACAUUAAAAUGAGACAGAUAAAGAAGUUGAAACACGCAUUAAAUAAAAUGGCUGCCAUUAGAAAAUAUGUGAGGACAGUAUUGUGACAGUAAGCGUUAACCUUAAAACAAUGACGGAAGCGGCUUCGUCUUAUGAAAUGCAAUCUCGGAAUGAAGAACAAAAAGAUGGAAAGACAAAGCCAGGGCUGUCAGCCGGCAAAAUAUUCUACAAACCAGGAGUUAUUGAGGAGGAGACGGAUGAAACGAGUGCUUUCGAGAGCUCUGUGGUUGACACCCCUAUGCUCGGUGUGGCACUGAGUGGUAGCGGGUUUCUAAGGCCACCUCAAAUAUACCCUUCGAGCAGUCUCCAUAGGAUACCUACGUACAGCAGUUCCAUUGGUCAGAGCACUAUUUAUAGACAGGAUACUUGCAGGAGUCGAUCUCAUAGACAUGGUGCAACAAGACGAGCGAGGCGACGAGCCAUUCUCAAAAAUGGAGAGUGUAAUAUACUCAAGUCUAAGAUCUCGCAGCGGCGGCUGAGGUUCCUUCAGGAUAUGUUCACGACCCUCGUGGACGCACAAUGGCGAUGGACACUGCUAGUAUUCACACUCUCCUUCAUCUUAUCCUGGUUGGGAUUCGCAUUGAUCUGGUGGCUGAUAUCAUUUACACAUGGAGACUUAGAGCCGGACCACCUGCCACCCAUGCAGGAAACGUCUAACUGGAAGCCAUGUGUGUUCAAUAUUUACGACUUCACCUCCUGCUUCCUGUUCAGUAUUGAGACGCAGCACACUAUCGGUUACGGUUCGCGUACUACAACUGAAGAGUGUCCAGAAGCAAUAUUCAUAAUGUGUUUACAAAGUAUUGUUGGUGUGAUGAUCCAAGCCUUUAUGGUUGGUAUAGUGUUUGCUAAGAUGACCAGACCCAAGCACAGAACGCAGACGCUGCUAUUCUCAAAGUAUGCUGUAGUGUGCCAGCGAGACGGUGAGCUGUGCUUGAUGUUCAGAGUGGGCGACUUGAGGAAGUCGCAUAUUAUUGGAGCCAGUGUACGAGCUCAGCUGAUACGAUCUCGAACAACCAAGGAAGGUGAAGUCCUGUCUCACUACCAGACGGAACUGGAGCUCAAUGCAGAUGGUUGCGACAGCAACUUAUUCUUCAUUUGGCCCAUUACGAUGGUGCAUAAGAUAAACGCUGACAGUCCGUUCUAUGGUGUAUCUGCGGCAGAUGUGCUGCAAGAGCGAUUUGAGAUUGUAGUUAUUUUGGAGGGAACGAUUGAAUCUACGGGUCAGACGACUCAGGCUCGCUCCAGUUAUACGACUAGUGAAAUAAUGUGGGGACACAGGUUUGUCCCGUUGGUGACGUACAAUCGUGAGCGUCAAGGGUACGAGGUGGACUAUUCCAAGUUCGAGGAGACAAUGCAAGUGGACACGCCGCUGUGCUCGGCCAAGGAGUUGGACGAGUUCUACGGCAGUCAGGGUGAUCGUAGAUCGAUCGGUUACGUAGCAACAAGAUCGUCGUUACCGGGUGACGUAACGCUACGGGAAUCGAUCAAUUCUACGAUAUUACCGCCUUAUGCCUCUCCGUUGGUGAACAUUGCUGACAGACUCGUGGCUGAUGCUCUCCGAAGAGCUAGCCUCACACGACGACCGUCUUCUGUCAAAUAUCCUCCCAAUUACUUCAGCAGUCCUACUGAAGAGUCAUCGUCCUCCAGCGAAGAAGAAACGAAGAGACGACGUAGUAAGAAGAAGAACAAUAAAGCGUAAAGGACCUAAUAUGUGUAAACUCAUGUGUAUGCUAAAUCAACCCAGUAUUCAGACCGAUUAAUCUCCGCUAAUCUCUGAUGAGAUGGGAGUCAUUGAUAUCUCGCGUUGCAAUGCAAAUUUUUCUUUUGAUAAUGUUUGCAAUAUCUGUUUCAGUAUUAUAAGGUCACUUGUAAUAUCAUUGAAUAUGUAAAAUAGUCAUUGUUUUGUUAUGUAGAAUUGUAGAUAAUAAUUAUAUCUAAAUAUGUAGUUUUUAAUCAAAAAUUCAAAACUCGCUUCGCUUAUAGAAAAACGAUGUAUAAUAUUACAAAAAACGAUUGUAUCUCUAAGUUUAUAUUUGUUCCUAUUGUGGAAAAUUAGAUUAUUAGGUGUCUGAUAUUUACAUGUGUAAUGAUAAGAUAUCUUUUGUUAUUUAAAUAUCGUAAGACUUCAGUUAAUGGAUAUCUGAAUACAGCGCCAUCUCGUAUCGAGUAGCAACACUACAGUUUGGUAUUAUUGGUGCCACGCCAACUGUUCAUGAUAAAGUCUAUCUUUAGAAAAAAUAUGAAUGCGGAAAACAUUAUUGUUAAUACUUAAAAUACCUAUAUGUUUUCAAAAGUAAAUGUGGAGGAGGUAAAUAAAAGUCAUGUAUUGUGUUUUUAAACUAGCAAGUAUAUUUGUUUAAUCCGAUAUAUUCUAUCAGGAAUAGACAAAGCAUUUGGCUAAUUUAUAAAAAAGCAGCGCCCGCGCUGCGUCAGGCCCCUGACGAUAACAAUUACAAUACAAUAAUACUAUGGUUUGUGUAUAACACUUUAAUAAUAGAGUUGUUAUUAUUCAUUUAUAUGACAUAAUAAUAAAAUAUUAUAAUCAGUACAUAUUGCGAGCAUUAGUAGUACUAACACUUAUUUUAAAUUAGCUUUAUUAACUACACGAGGAAGGAGUGUCGAUAUAAAAUAGCCAGCUCAGUGCGGGGCUGAGUUCUAAGUACUUUCGUCCGAAUAAUUUAAGUAUCCAAAUAUAUCACAUAGUUGUUGUACAUUUUAUUGUAAUAGUAUUUUGUACGAUAUUUGUAUACUAAGCGUUAGGUAAGCAUCUUCUACAUUCACAACUUUAUACGUAGACUCGACACAAUUUAAAUACUAUCGAAUAGUUUUUGGAUUUCAUCCGAAAGCGUAAAAGCUAAAUAAUUUAUUUUACUUAAAUAACAUUCUCUUUGGAAUUUAGUCAUACAAUGAUACUGGUCGCCAAUUUCACUCGGAACAGGGGCCAUUCUAGUAAAAAUGUUGUAUUAAAUUCGUCAUCGGAAAUAUAAAUAUUCCUUAAAAUUAACUUUAAUUCCAUCUCUAGUUUGACUGUUGACAGAACAAGUUUAACUCCUACGGUUUCGUAAUCUUACACACAACUGGAGACAAGACUAACUAAGAUUUUAAAGCUUCAUGUCAUAAAUCUUCUAUAAGUUUAGUCUCCACCUACGUCGACUAAUUUAUCUAAAUAAAUACUUGGUCUAAAUACAACCCAAUCUGGUACAUCGAUGUUUGAUGAAGUAGAAAAUUGGUACAAAUUUAUCACUGUAUUAUUUUAAGUAGUUGGCACAUAAGUACGCAUGAAGCUUUAGUUUUUAUAUAACUAAGUACAUAAUGUAUACAAGAAAUAGUACCUCAUAAGGAAUAAACACUUUAAAUAUAAGUAC